GCCUGCGCACUGGCAGCUGGCCGGGCGCUUGCAGGGGGAGCUGCUGCAGGCUCCGCGGCGGCGGCGGCAACGGAGGCUGCGGGGGCGGCGGCGCGAGCGGCCGGGCUUGGUGGGGGAGCCGAGCCCGGCCCGGGAGCCCGAGCAGCGAGAGUGCAGGGUACCUAGGCCCCUCACGCUGGACUCCACAGUCUCCGGGCCGCCUGACCUCCGCACGGGUAUAUGGGAUGGAAGCGGGACCCUCGGGAGCAGCUGCGGGCGCCUACCUGCCCCCUCUGCAGCAGGUGUUCCAGGCACCUCGCCGGCCUGGCAUUGGCACUGUGGGGAAACCAAUCAAGCUCCUGGCCAAUUACUUUGAGGUGGACAUCCCUAAGAUCGACGUCUACCACUACGAGGUGGACAUCAAGCCGGAUAAGUGUCCCCGCAGAGUCAACCGGGAAGUGGUGGAAUACAUGGUUCAGCAUUUCAAGCCUCAGAUCUUUGGUGAUCGCAAGCCCGUGUAUGAUGGAAAGAAGAACAUUUACACUGUCACAGCACUGCCCAUUGGCAACGAACGGGUCGACUUUGAGGUGACAAUCCCCGGGGAAGGGAAGGAUCGAAUCUUUAAGGUCUCCAUCAAGUGGCUAGCCAUUGUGAGCUGGCGAAUGCUGCAUGAGGCCUUGGUCAGUGGCCAGAUCCCCGUUCCCCUGGAGUCUGUGCAAGCCCUGGAUGUGGCCAUGAGGCACCUGGCAUCCAUGAGGUACACCCCUGUGGGCCGCUCCUUCUUCUCACCGCCUGAGGGCUACUACCACCCGCUGGGGGGUGGGCGCGAGGUCUGGUUCGGCUUUCACCAGUCUGUGCGCCCUGCCAUGUGGAAGAUGAUGCUCAACAUUGAUGUCUCAGCCACUGCCUUCUACAAGGCACAGCCAGUGAUUGAGUUCAUGUGUGAGGUGCUGGACAUCAGGAACAUAGAUGAGCAGCCCAAGCCCCUCACGGACUCUCAGCGCGUUCGCUUCACCAAGGAGAUUAAGGGCCUGAAGGUGGAAGUGACCCACUGUGGACAGAUGAAGAGGAAAUACCGUGUGUGUAAUGUUACCCGUCGCCCUGCUAGCCAUCAGACAUUUCCCUUGCAGCUGGAGAGUGGACAGACUGUGGAGUGUACGGUGGCACAGUAUUUCAAGCAGAAAUAUAACCUUCAGCUCAAGUAUCCCCACCUGCCCUGCCUACAAGUUGGCCAGGAACAAAAGCAUACCUACCUGCCCCUGGAGGUCUGUAACAUUGUGGCUGGGCAGCGCUGCAUUAAGAAGCUGACCGACAACCAAACUUCAACCAUGAUAAAGGCCACAGCUAGGUCGGCCCCUGACAGACAGGAAGAGAUCAGUCGCCUGAUGAAAAAUGCCAGCUACAACUUAGAUCCCUACAUCCAGGAAUUUGGGAUCAAAGUGAAGGAUGAUAUGACGGAGGUGACGGGGCGAGUGCUGCCGGCGCCCAUCUUGCAGUACGGCGGCCGGAACCGGGCCAUUGCCACACCCAAUCAGGGUGUCUGGGACAUGCGGGGGAAACAGUUCUACAAUGGAAUUGAAAUCAAAGUCUGGGCCAUCGCCUGCUUCGCACCCCAAAAACAGUGUCGGGAAGAGGUGCUCAAGAACUUCACAGAUCAGCUGCGGAAGAUUUCCAAGGAUGCAGGGAUGCCUAUCCAGGGUCAACCUUGUUUCUGCAAAUAUGCACAGGGGGCAGACAGCGUGGAGCCCAUGUUCCGGCAUCUCAAGAACACCUACUCAGGACUACAGCUCAUUAUUGUCAUCCUGCCAGGGAAGACGCCAGUGUAUGCUGAGGUGAAACGUGUUGGAGAUACACUCUUGGGAAUGGCUACACAGUGUGUGCAGGUGAAGAACGUGGUCAAGACCUCACCUCAGACUCUGUCCAACCUCUGCCUCAAGAUCAAUGUCAAACUUGGUGGCAUUAACAACAUCCUAGUCCCACACCAGCGCUCCGCCGUAUUUCAACAGCCAGUGAUAUUCCUGGGAGCAGAUGUUACACACCCCCCAGCAGGGGAUGGGAAAAAACCUUCUAUCACAGCAGUGGUAGGCAGUAUGGAUGCCCACCCCAGCCGAUACUGUGCUACUGUGCGGGUGCAGCGACCACGGCAAGAGAUCAUUGAAGACUUGUCCUACAUGGUGCGUGAGCUGCUGAUCCAAUUCUACAAGUCUACUCGCUUCAAGCCUACCCGCAUCAUCUUCUACCGAGAUGGGGUCCCUGAAGGCCAGCUACCCCAGAUCCUCCACUAUGAACUACUGGCCAUUCGUGAUGCCUGCAUCAAACUGGAAAAGGACUACCAGCCUGGGAUCACUUAUAUUGUGGUGCAGAAACGCCAUCACACCCGUCUUUUUUGUGCUGACAAGAAUGAGCGAAUCGGGAAGAGUGGUAACAUCCCCGCUGGCACUACUGUGGACACCAACAUCACCCACCCAUUUGAGUUUGACUUCUAUCUGUGCAGCCACGCAGGCAUCCAGGGUACCAGCCGACCAUCCCAUUACUAUGUCCUUUGGGAUGACAACCGUUUCACAGCGGAUGAGCUCCAGAUCUUGACGUACCAGCUGUGCCACACUUACGUACGAUGCACACGCUCCGUCUCUAUCCCAGCACCUGCCUACUAUGCCCGCCUGGUGGCUUUCCGGGCACGAUACCACCUGGUGGACAAAGAACAUGACAGUGGAGAGGGGAGCCACAUAUCGGGGCAGAGCAAUGGGCGGGACCCCCAGGCCCUGGCCAAAGCCGUGCAGGUUCACCAGGAUACUCUGCGCACCAUGUACUUCGCUUGAAGGCAGAACGCUGUUACCUCACUGGAUAGAAGAAAGCUUUCCAAGCCCCAGGAGCUGUGCCACCCAAAUCCAGAGGAAGCAAGGAGGGAGGUGGGGUAGGGAGGAGUGCAGGAGGCCUUGUUUCCCUCUAUAGAGGCGGUGUAAAGGUGGGGAACAGGGUCAGCAAAACAGACCACCAGCCAGAAAUCUCUGAUAUCAACCUCAUGUCCCCACCCUUUACCCCAUCUUGUCACAUUUGGCCCUGACCCCACUGGACCAAGAGGGGCAGCAUUGGUGCCCACCAUACACACAGGUGUCUCAUGUGACUCACAGUGCUAAAGACUCAUGCUUGACAGCUUGGUAAGGUUGGCUCUGUAGCCCUGCGGACAAAAGCUGGUAGGUUUGGGUUUACUACUUUAGAUGGGAAAGUGAGGGGCUUGAGAAAGUGGGUGGGAGGAGGGAAAGAUUUUUUUAGGAGCCUUAAUCAGAAAAGGACUAGAUUUGUUUAAGAAGAAUAAUGAAACCAGACCCAGAUCAAUAUUUUAGGAUACUAGAUGUUUUAAUGGGUUCCAAAUCCAGUUUGUAGGAAGACUUUUUAAUGGUUUUGGUUGCUCCUCCCCCAGCUGCCACCCCCUCCCCCUGCCCUUAUUCCUCUCUCUCCACAUUUUCUACCCCACUUUACACCUCCUCCCUGGCAGACAUCCAGCCCCUAGUAAUACUUAAGGCACUAUGGCACUUAGCUAUGAAGUGACAUGACCCUGUCUUCCUUCCGCCUGCUGGUGGGUAACCAGUGCCUUCCCUGUAAUGGUAAUGCUGCAGAACUGCAACCUUUUGUACCUUUCUUUGGGGGAUGGGACGGGGUGGGGUGGGAGAGAAGGUAGGUGGUGAAGAAAUACCCCAAACCCAACAAACCUCCAGCCAGAAUGCCAGCUAUUUUGCAUUUGAAGGACUUGAUUUCCACUUUCAUUGAGCUUUUUAAAAGAUCACAACCUCAAGAUGGUUAAAAUCCAUUGACAUUUGCACUUUCAGACAUGACAAGUCACGGAGCUGCUGAGAUGACUGGCCCCUGGCCUUUCCACUUAUGCCUCCUUUUCUCCUGUUCCUCCCACCUCCCACCCGGCCUGGGUCUGGAGUUACUUUUGUAGCAGUUCUCUUGACUUCUUUUUAUCCCUGAUGGUCAAGUCUCAUUAUGUUUUAAUAUCUAUUAACUGGGUCUUAUAACAGAAGACCCUUAGGUCUAAAAUGAGAAAAAAGAGAGAAAACAAAAUAUUAUUUUUAUACCAUAACUUGAGUCUAUUGCCAAAAUUUGGAAAUCCUUUCCAUGCCUGAUGAGUUUAUAUCCCAGAACAUUGAGCCAUCAGAAGGAACUGUGUACCUGACUUGUUCUCUGGCCUGGCUAGGUAGGGGGUGGUUGUCUCCCCAAGGUGGGGCUCAGGCUCCAUCCUUCCUCUGCAGAUAACACCUUUUUCUUGCUACAGCCUCCCUCUACACUAUCCUGCACUCUUUCUUGCAAGUGUAUCUUUUUCCUUCCUCUAGACUAUCUUCUGACCCUUUGGCUCAUCCUGGAUUCCAGUGUGUCCUGUGGACAGGCUGGGGAAUUUUGCUGCUCCCUAUUGUUCUUAAUGCUUCUGUUUAUACAAAUGAAUUUUACCUGGUUUCCCACUAAGGCAUGUGAGUGGGUGGCAUGGACUUUCUUUUUCUUUUUUUUCUUUUUUUUGGUCUUGAAAUACGGGGUUUGGCUGUCUUGCAGGACUAGAGAAGAAGGUGGUUCAAGCUUGGUCCCUGCUGGCCUUGAGGCAAGGCCCCCUGUUUCCUUGACUGUUCAUUUUGUUCCUACCCCACUGCUUGGAAUGGGGAGUUGCAAAUUCAACUUCUCUUUGAGGAGCCUGGGCUUGGGUUUGCCCCAAUCUGGUGAUGAAGCCAUGAUACUUUAGACCUAGCCCAGGCUUGGAGAUCAGCCAGAGGAGGAAGGGUCUAAUCCUGGCCCACAGAAUUAGAGCUACCCUUUCCUUUCCCCAGGAGCUCUUGUAUGACUCAGAUUUGCUAUGCAAAAUAAUCUAUCACAGGUUCUGUUCUGGUUGGCUACAUUGUUCAGCAACUUCACAAAACGUAGCACAAACAUUCAUUAUGGAGAAAGCAUCAGGACUGUUGAGUAACUCCUUUACUUUUUUCCUGCUGGCUACAGUGUGGGGUGCCCUAUAGGCACAAGCCCAGCUGAAGAACAGAAUGGAGGGCUCUGGAGGAGGCAGCUCAUGGAGAGCCUACAUUCCUUACACAAGUGCCUAAAGAGAGUGAUGCCAACACUCCAUCUGCCCUGUCCAUUGCCUUCAUAUACAGUCUACUUCGUGUUCUGUUACCCUUUGGGGAGGGGAGCUCUCCUGGGACAAUGGGCUCUGCAUGUUCUCUACUUGGGUACAUUUUGGGGCUGGGAUUGAGGCACCAUUCCUGGAGGGUCCAGUCAUUCACCAGCAUUUGCAAGUGUUCAUAGGGAGCCGGUGGCAACCACUACUCCCAGCAACAAGCUUAUGUUCUCUCCUUUUCUCUCUCUGCCUCAGUCUUCUGUUGGUUUUCAGCUGUGGCUUGAAGUGCAUUUUUAGCCCUUGGGCAUUGCACAUGCUAUUCAAGAAGUAAAAGCAAGAGAAGCAGCUUGGGGGGGUGACAAGAAAGUGACUUAUUGCUCUAAAAAAAAAAUUGUUUUUUGAGGCUUGAAAUAUCCUCCCGACCUUGAGAAUUAUUCUUGUUUGAAAAGUGGUGCAUGCAGAUUGAGAAGUGGUGUUGGCAGCAAGCUUUGGCUUGCAUGGAUUUGGUUUAAGUGGUGCUUCAUAUCCAAGCUUCGAAUAAAUGCUCGGGGAAACCCAGCCUCAUCCUCUUAAACAGGACUCUUGCUCCCUUCAUACCACUAUUUUGCCUUCCUUUUCCUCUUCUCUCUUUCCUUGGCUUCCUUUCCCUUUUUUCUACUCACUCUGCUUGCUUGCUGGCUUGCCUGCCUGUCUGCCUAUGUGAUGAUGAAAUCUCUGCAUGGCUGUAAUGAUGCUACUUAGCUGGCAAGGUCAAACUUCGCUUCUUGACUGCAGAAGACCAAGAACCUAUUUCCCAUGCCCAGAGAUGUCUACCCUGGGCUGGACUGCCCUUGUACUAGGGUAGAGCAGCAGGCCUGUCCAACUGACGUGAAAUCAGAAGGGCUUCUGGCAGCUUCCACAUCUGUCCACUCUUUGGAGCUGGUUUCUCUCGUUGCUUUUUCUAGAUCUGGUUUUUUCUUUACCUGGGGCCUCCUUUUUCUGAGGUUGUCUUAGGGAUGGAUGACCUACUUAGGGUUGAAGUGUUAGGGGAUGGACAUAGGGGAAGAAGAGAGUGAUGAGAGGAGAAGGGAAUUUGUGUGAAAGGUGGGGAAGGAGAGCACUGCUCUUGGUUUGUCCAGCCUGACCCAUUAGGGGCUGAGGUGCUACUACUGGUCUCUAGGGAUAUGCCUAGGCUAUUGUUGCUGGGAAUUUAGGCUUAAAAUAAGGCUGAAGAAGGUAUCUAGAAGUGUGAAACCUCCUUAAAAACCACCUGGUUCCCACCUACUAGAUAGCAUCUCUGUGGCCUCUUUGGCUAAACAAUGUUCUUGGAUACUUUUCCUUUUCUGUCCAGAAUUCUAUGAAUGAGGCCAGCACUCAAGAUGGGCAGCCAAGAAAGCAUUGACUUAGUAGCUGGCCUGUGGGAUAUUUGCAAGGUUGGUGGGACAGUGUUUUGGACCUGGCAUCAUGUGUAGCAAAUAAGGAUGAAAGUUUCUUCCCCUUCACAGUGAAAAAGUCAUCUCAAACUAGGCAAAAGGCAAUUUUGGAAGCUACGUUGGGGGAAGUUAUGAAGUUAUUUUUAUUUAUUUACUGGGCCUAGGCCAAUCCAGGAUGGUAGCUGGAUGCCUUCCUUCUUACAGUCUGAUCAUGGCAGGGAUAUGCAGGGCACUCUUUCCUAUUUGGCCUUCUAAGCAGAUUGGGGAGGAGAGAGUCUCUGGUUUUUUCUCCCCCCCCCCACUUAACACUCCCUUCCCUUACUAGGACUUGCCUUCUCCCUGGGCUGGGAGAGGCUGGGUUGGUGCUCUCCCCCUACUCUACGCCUACUGACUUAGAACCUCUGACUGCUGUUCGGGAGCCCAAGAAAGGGAGUGGAAGGAAUGGGCUAAAAACAAAACAGAUUAAGGUGGGGAAGGGAGAUUUCCUUCUUUAAAAAGAAAAAUAGGAAACCCUCCGAGAACUGUGCUAGUAAAGAUAAUAUGUUGAAUGCACUGAGUCCCCGGUAUAGUAGCAAUAAGGAAAAAUGAAAUUACUUUCCUGUGCACACAGUCCAACCUGAUAGGUGUGUGAUGUUGCACUUAGCAGCCAUGUGGUGGGCAUGUGUGACUACUCUGGGUUUCACUUUAGUUUCUAAACUUUUUAUCCCUUUCAAGUCCAGCAUGGAUGGGGAAGUGUCCCUGGAGCCCCAGAGCUGUGUACUUGUUUGCAUUUGUUUCCCUUUGAGACUUGUGUUUGUGUUCUGCUUUGAGCUGUACCUUGUCCAGUCCAUUGUGAAAUUAUCCCAGCAGCUGUAAUGUACAGUUCCUUCUGAAGCAAGCAACAGCAGCAGCACAAUUCUGUGUUUUAUAAAGACAACAGUGGCUUCUAUUUCUAAA